AUGUCCCGCUCAGUGCUGCCCAGCCAACAAAAAUUAGCCGAAAAGCUGAUAAUCCUGAACGACCGGGGCAUAGGAAUGCUGACGCGGUUGUACAACAUAAAAAAAGCCUGCGACACAAAGUCAAAACCGCCUACAGUAUUGGCUGACAAGUCGCUGGAGUCGUCUAUAAAGCUGAUAAUCAGGAAGUUCCCGAACGUCGACGCCAAGGGGUUUCAGACGGUAACAAACUUGCGUAAUGAAAUAGUUAAAUCGUUGUCACUGUACUAUUACACAAUUGUAGACUUGUUAGACUUUAAAGAUAACGUUUGCGAGUUGUUGACCACGAUGGACGCUUGUGGAGUUUUCCUAGACAUCACCCUUAACUUUGACCUAACCAAGGCGUACUUGGACUUGAUAUCCACCUACAUAACUCUGAUGAUCCUACUUUCAAAGUGGGAAGACCGCAAGGCAGUAUUGGGGCUUUUUAACAUCGCCUAUGAGAUGGUUAACAAGAAAAGCGACAAUACAUUCCCCAGACUCGGACAAAUGAUCGUAGACUACGACAUUCCGCUAAAGAAACUUUCCGAAGAAUUUAUUCCCCACUUAAAUUUACUCCGUGGCGCGUUGAAUUCGCUCUGGGCGAUAUAUCCCAGCAGAAACAUGACCGCGGAUAAUUGGCGAGCGGAUCAAAAGUUAAGCAUAAUUGGUAGUCCGGGUAAAAUAUUAAAGGCCGCCUCUACCGAAACAAUGUCUUGCGAAACUCUUAGUAUAGAUAAAGUAGAAAAAUGGAUAAUCCUCGGAUUUACCCUCUGUCAUACGGUUUUAACUCAAGACCAGUCGAACAAACUGUGGACCAGUGCCCUGGAAUCCGGUUGGGUAUUAACCCUCUUUCGUGAUGAAGUUAUUUAUAUCCACCAGUAUAUACAGUCUUUUUUUGAAAGCAUCAAGGGUUACAGCAAACGGAUCUCUGAGGUGAAAGAUUGCUACACUCAGGCGGUCCAAAAGUCCGCUUAUAGGCACAGAGAAAAGCGAAAAUUUCUCAGAGCUGCUUUGAAAGACUUGGGACUAAUUAUGAGCGACCAGCCAGGUCUUCUUGGUCCAAAAGCACUCCUAGUAUUCAUGGGCCUGUCUCACGCUAGGGACGAAGUUCUCUGGAUUAUAAGACACGGUGAAAAUCCCCCGACUCAGGGGAAAAGCAAGGCUCGAGGAAACGAAGAUUUGGUGGACCGGCAGCUUCCUGAGCUGCUUUUUCACUGCGAAGAACUAAGAGCUCUGGUGAAAAAAUACUCCCAAGUUCUUCAGAGGUAUUAUGUUCAGUAUUUGUCAGGAUUUGACGCCCCAUUCCUCCACCAGAUCAUCCAGAAUUUGUCGGGUCUUCCAGAAGAAGAAGGAGUCAUUCUCAGUGAUUUGUGCUCCAGCAUGGCCGGCCUUACCGUGAAACAGGUUGAAGAAAACGAACUCUUUGAUUUCCGUGGGCUGAGACUCGACUGGAUUAGGUUACAAGCCUACAUGUCUGUGAGUAAUUGCAAUUUGAGCCUUGUGGAUAACCGCGAAUUGGCCGGUUUUAUGGAUACGGUAAUCUUCCACACAAAAAUGAUCGACUAUCUGGACGAAAUGCUUGUAGAUACUUCAGAUUUGUCGAUUUAUUGCUUUUACAGCAAAGUUUUUGAAGAGCAAUUUCACAUGUGUCUUGAAUUUCCGGCUCAAAAUAGAUUUAUAAUAGCCUAUCCGCUGAUUUGCAGCCACUUCCAAACUUCAACUCACCAGCUUUGCCCCGAAGAAAGGCACCACAUUCACGACAGAAGCCGGUCUAUCGUCGACAUGUUUCUCAAUGAAAUGGCGAAGGAGGCCAAGAAUAUUAUCACGACUAUCUGCGACGAGCAAUGCAAUAUGAGCGACCGACUUUUGCCGAAACAUUGCGCGCAAUUGAUAUCCCAGGCGUUCAACCGCAAAAAAAAGGACAAAAACAAGAAGAACGUCAGCGAAAUACAAAAACCGGGAGUAGAAAGCUACAGAAGGACACGAGAGCAACUUACUACUAUGGACAAGUUACAUAUGGCUUUAACGGAACUUUGUCAUGCGAUAAAUUACUGUCCUGCAAUUACCGUCUGGAAUAUUACCUUCGCUUCCCGAGAAUAUUUGAACCAACAUCUUGAAGCAAGGUUCUCGCGAGCUUUAGUGGGAAUGGUGAUGUUCAAUCCCGAGUCCAGUGAAAUUGCAAAACCGUCUGAGUUGGUGGUUAGUAUCAGAGCGUAUAUGAAUGUGCUGCAGUCUGUUGAAAAUUACGUUCAUAUAGACAUCACUAGGAUAUUCAAUAACGCGCUGCUUCAGCAGACCCAGCCUGUUGACAGUCAUGGUGAUAAGACGAUUGCUGCUUUGUAUACCCAGUGGUAUUCAGACGUGCUGCUAAGGAGAGUCAGUGGUGGGAAUAUAUGCUUCUCUGCGAACCAACGAGCUUUUGUUAGUUUGUCGGCUGAAGGAGCGAUUCCGUUUAAUGCUGAAGAGUUUACGGAUAUUAACGAACUUCGAGCUCUGGCGGAACUUAUUGGUCCCUAUGGUAUGAAAAUGCUCAAUGAAACUCUGAUGUGGCACAUCUCUAGUCAGGUCCAGGAGUUGAAGAAACUGGUGGUCAAUAACAGAGAAGUUUUGAUAGCUUUGAGGACUAACUUUGAUAAACCGGAGAUAAUGAUUGACCAGUUUAAACGAUUGCAAAGUGUAGAGAAUGUUUUGCAGAGGUUUACUAUUAUUGGUGUGAUCCUCAGCUUCAGGCAGCUAGCGCAAGAUGCGCUCAAUGAUGUUCUAGAGGAGAAAAUUCCGUUUCUUCUGAGUUCAAUUGCGGAUUUGCGGCACCAUUUGCCUUCGGACGAUCCGAUGAAUUUGGUCUCCGAAAUGACUUCAGCUGUUGGGUUAACAUGCAAAGUUGACCCCGCGCUUAUUAAUGCUCUAAAAAGUCAAUCUAAUGAUAACUCAAAUGUGUCGGAUGAGGAAGAAGAUCUGAUUGUUUGUCUUCUGAUGGUUUUUAUUGCUGUUUCCAUUCCGAAGUUGGCGCGCAAUGAAAAUUCUUUUUAUCGCGCGUCGCUAGAGGGACAUUCCAAUAAUGUUCAUUGCAUCGCUACUGCUAUCAACAAUAUCUUCGGGGCGCUUUUUACUAUUUGCGGACAAAAUGACAUCGAAGACAGGAUGAAAGAGUUUUUGGCGCUUGCUUCGUCCAGUUUGUUGAGACUAGGGCAGGAAAAUGAUAAGGAUAGCAUCAAGAACCGGGAAUCUAUUUAUCUUCUGCUCAAUGAAAUUGUUCAAGAAUCACCUUUUUUGACCAUGGAUCUUCUGGAGAGCUGUUUUCCCUACGCGUUGAUACGAAACGCGUAUCAUGAUGUUUGUAAAGUGGAGCUUCUUCAGUUUUAA